AAAAUUCAAAUUAUUAUCGCGCAUACUACGUAGAUCAAUGUAAAUGUAAUAGUGGAACCCAAAAGAUGAUACGCUGAGUACCGAAAUGACCUCGGCGUCGUUCUUACGAUUGUACGUAUCACACGCGGGUACUUCGUUAAGUAUAGAACAAUCCAGUAGAAUUAGAACAACGUGUUAUAGAUCCGAGUACAUUAAUUUUCACUUCUUAGUUAACUAUUUAUUUGCUAUUCAUUGUACACUUGAUUAUGAUUCUUUCUGUGAAAAAUUGUCGAGAUUUUGUUAUUACGUUUAAAAAUGUGUUUAGCAUACGUUGCCUCGUGAGAAGUCUUCGCGCAUGUGUUCGGCACCUGGAUGCUUGUUCCUUCGAAUUUGGUUAGAAAAUAUACGUAUAAAUUUAGACAAAAACUGCCAAAUAAAGGUCACCUAAAAAUGUAAUGUGUAAUGAGUGAUAAGCAGACUGCACCUAUUUUGCCGCCCCUUAAUGGGGGUGGAGGAAAUAAUGGGGGAAGCAAUGGAGGUGCACCUCAGCAAGUUAAUUUGCAACAAGUUCUUGCUACUGCUCAAGGGCUUAAUGUCCUCACCACUGGUUCUGGACAGCAAUUUGUUAUUACUUCACAAGUUCCUGGUAUUACACAGGUUAUAUCAAGUAAUGCAACAACUAAUUCAAAUAUUCAACAAGUUGGUGUUACACGCAUUGUCAAUAUUAGUGGCACAUCCCCACGUGCUAGUACCAUGGGAGUUGCAGGGGCAAGCAGUUCGUCUCUGCCAUCUCCCACUCGCCAGAAUUCACCUAAAGUUGUUUUAGCAACAUCUCCAAAACUUGUACGAACUUCUAUUGGAAAUAUGUUUGUUGCACCAACUUCUCAAGCUUCUAUGCAAUCACCGCCUGCAAGAAAAAAGUUGAAGUUGACAGAUUCUACUGAAAAACCUACCAUGAUUGCUGAUGAUGCAAUGGGUUAUCGAAGAAGAAUAAUGGAACACAAAAUGAAAAGGAUGCGUGCAAUAAGGGAAAAAUAUGCUGAAAAUGCAUCAGAGUUAUUCUUUCUCCAUGCUGGAGGCAAUAUGAUGGAUUUUCAAACAUGGAGGAAGAGACCUCCGACUCCUCAAUAUCUGCAUUUUUUACGACAACAUAGAUUAGACCCAGAUGAUGAUGAUGAAGAUUUAACAGUGCCACUGCCAGCAGUAUCAGAAAUUCCACUAACACCAGCUGUGACAACAACUGUUUCUACAAUAGUUCCUGUUAAUCAGUGUACAGAAGUAAAAAUCUCUGGUAUGAGUGUUGCCCCUGUUGCAGUAUCUACUACAUUACCUGCCGCAGUAGCCCAACUUAAUCAACAAGGACAUGUACCAGGCAGGCCUCAAGGGGGCCGCCAUGGCAUGGUGUUUGCCUUCAGAGCAGCAAUUCAAUCUUCACCAGUCACCGCUCACCCUCCACCUACUUCUACUCUAGCACCCACGCUCAUUAUAGGCAAUGCACCGAUAGUUCCAAGUUCACCAAAAUCUGUAACAGCGGCAACAAGUCCUGUAACAGAUAAACCUGUAAUAGCUACAGCUGUUACAACUAUUACUACCACCACUAUACCUACCCCAACUUUUACUGGGACUACUACGGUUACUACUUCUGUCACAACUACAGUUACCGCUACUACUGUUACAAAGACGUCCACUGCACCUCCUCUAACUAGUUCUCAACCUGUUACUAAAGUUGUUAAGUUAUCUGGCUCUAAUGCGACUUCACCAUGUGAUAUCACAAAUAACCAGGAACAAAUUGUAGAAAAGGCAAAGCAGGAGGCAUACGUUAUGCAAAGAAUUGCUGAGUUACAACGUGAAGGGUUAUGGUCAGAAAGGAGGUUGCCUAAAGUACAAGAACCACCUCGUACAAAAGCUCAUUGGGAUUAUUUAUUGGAGGAAAUGGUUUGGUUAGCUGCCGAUUUUGCUCAAGAAAGAAAGUGGAAAAAAGCUGCAGCAAAAAAGUGUGCCCGCAUGGUACAGAAAUAUUUCCAAGAGAAAGCAAUUCAAGCACAAAAAGCUGAGAAAUCACAAGAACUUAGGUUAAAGAAAAUUGCUAGUUUUAUUGCUAAAGAAAUCAAAACUUUUUGGACGAAUGUAGAAAAAUUGGUUGAAUACAAACAGCAAACGAGAUUGGAAGAAAAGAGAAAACAAGCACUAGAUCAACAUUUAAAUUUUAUUGUUGGUCAAACAGAGAAAUAUUCAACUUGGUUAACGGAAGGACUUAAUAAAACUGAUGGGCCUCAAAGUAUACCUGCUUCUAUGAAUAGUUCACGAAUUUCUUCACCAGUUCCACCUGGUAAAUCUCAUUCUGAUGAGGACUUUCAACCAAAUCAAAGUUCAGAUGAUGACGAAGAGACUAUAGCUAAAGCGGAAGAAGAAUUAAAGUCUGUAACAAAUCAUAAAGAAGAGGUUGAAUUAUUAAAAAAAGAGUCAGAAAUACCAUUAGAAGAUCUCUUAAAAGAUUUACCGCCAGAUUACUUAGAAGAUAGAAGUAAAAGCUUGUCACCUACUUCAAAAGAAGUUACUGAAGAAAAUGAGAAGACGGCAGAUGGAGAUACAGAUUUUGUUGCAGCAUCUGACGAAUCGUCAGACGAAGAGGAAACUAUUAUGGAACAAGAAAAAUUGGAAGAAAAUGCAGAUUAUAAACAAGAAUUGGAUGAUCUCAAAGCUGAAAACGAAAUGUCCAUUGAUGAACUUAUGGCAAAAUAUGGUAAUAUGUCGGAUGUUCCAAUGGAUGUGGAACAAGAGUCUGUUCAAGAGUCGGAUAAAGAAAGUAUAAAGGAAGAAGAAAGUCAAGAGAAUGAAGAAGAAUCCACCAGUAAUGAAAGCGAAAGCGAAGAAAGUGACAACGAAAUUGGAGAACCAGAGUCUCGCAUGCAAAGUGAUCACGAAGCUGAUAUCGGUCUUAAAUCUCUGUUGGAAGAUAUAUCCAUGGAAAAAUCUUCAAGUGAUAAGACUGCAGAAAUAGAUCACUCAGAUGCUAAUGACGAAAUGGAUAAUGUCGCAGCGUUGGCAGAAAGCAUCCAACCCAAGGGGAAUACUUUACUUACUACCAGUGUUGUUACUAAAAUUCCAUUCCUUCUAAAACACUCAUUGAGGGAAUAUCAACAUAUAGGAUUGGAUUGGCUUGUUACAAUGUAUGAGAGAAAAUUAAAUGGUAUUUUGGCAGAUGAAAUGGGUUUGGGUAAAACUAUACAAACAAUUGCUUUACUUGCACAUUUGGCAUGUGAAAAGGGUAAUUGGGGACCUCACCUUAUAAUAGUACCAACGUCAGUGAUGCUUAAUUGGGAAAUGGAAUGUAAAAAAUGGUGCCCUGGUUUUAAGAUUUUAACUUAUUAUGGUACACAAAAAGAAAGAAAACAAAAAAGGACAGGUUGGACAAAACCUAAUGCCUUUCACAUAUGUGUAACAUCGUAUAAAUUAGUUAUACAAGAUCAUCAAAGUUUUAGAAGAAAAAAGUGGAAAUAUCUUAUAUUGGAUGAAGCUCAAAACAUUAAAAAUUUUAAAUCACAAAGGUGGCAAUUACUGUUAAAUUUUCAAACGCAACGGCGAUUAUUGCUUACUGGUACACCUCUUCAAAAUAAUUUGAUGGAACUGUGGUCUUUAAUGCAUUUUUUAAUGCCAAAUGUAUUUCAGUCACAUAGAGAAUUUAAAGAAUGGUUUAGUAAUCCCGUUACUGGAAUGAUAGAAGGAAACAGUGAAUAUAAUGAGAAUAUCAUUCGUCGACUACAUAAGGUUUUACGGCCUUUUUUAUUACGAAGAUUGAAAACAGAAGUAGAAAAGCAAUUACCUAAAAAAUAUGAACACGUUGUUAUGUGCCGCCUGUCAAAACGACAACGAUAUUUAUACGAUGAUUUUAUGUCUAGAGCAAAAACAAAAGAAACUUUGGCUAGUGGUAACUUAUUAAGUGUCAUUAAUGUAUUAAUGCAAUUACGGAAAGUUUGCAAUCAUCCAAAUUUAUUUGAAGUAAGACCUACUGUGUCACCAUUUCAAAUGGAAGCUAUUGAAUAUGUUACGGCUUCCUUAGUAUGGAGUGCUUUAGAUUAUGAUCCAUUCAAGCACAUUGAUUUAACUAGUAUUAAUUUUUUAUUAUGUGAUUUGGAAUUGACUCUUACUGCAUUUACGGCACAUAGAGUUAGGCGAUUACAAACUCCACGGAAACUUAUAGAAGAAAUAGACACACAACCAGAUCCACCUCCAAGAUGUCCACCCGGAAAAAUUAAAAUUAAUGUUAGAUUAUCUAACCAAGUUAAACAGUCUCCUACACCUCAACAGACUCCAACGAAAUUGAAGAAUUUAGUUGGAAUAUUGCCUACUCCAAGGGUUGGAACAUCUCCCUUAAUAAAAACAGCAAAUAAUCAAAACACUCCAGGACAAGGCGUCACUUUAAGAGUACAAGGAGGGCAACAAUUACAGGGAUAUUCUGUGCAAUUAGUUCAACAUCAGGGUAGUGUGAAAGCAAUUCCUGUUGGAACACUAGCACAUAACCCACAAAGUACAACAGUGACACCAACUACAGCAGCAACGAAUGCACAGAGGAUUACAGUAGGGAAUGCAAAUAUUAGAGAUGGACUGCAACGACUAGCCACGCAGACAGUAACAGUUAAACAAGGUGAUUCCGUCCAAAGAAUAGCAGUGCCUAGUUUUGCACAGCUGGUUCAGACAUCUACUGGUAGACAUAUCAUUCUGACUUCAAAUCAGCAAAACACUAACACAGUUUCAUUUCCAGUAAUGACACCAAGCGGACAACGCUUAACGGUUUUAUCCAAAUCUUUGAUGGGCCUAUCUACCUCGGCAACUACAGUGAACAAAGUAGUAACGACCACAAGUGGUACAAGUGGGCGACCAGUAAUGAGGGUGCCACCGCUAAAUGUUACUACUACUCAGACACAGUCUUCUCCUACUGGCAAUGGACAAUCUCAACAACAAUCAAUUCGUUGUGGUAUCGUUACCAGACACGCACAAAAAGAAUCAGAGAAGGCACAAACGAAGGAACGUCCAAAAUCUGAAUUUUAUUUGCCACAAUUGGAAGAAGAAAGAAAACAAAGACGGCAAGCUAAACUUCAGCUUCUUGCAAAUAUCAAUGAAAAAAGAUGUGCCGCGUGUCCUCUGUAUGGUGAAGAUUUGUUUAUGGCAUUACGAAUUGGAAAACCAUCAACGGCAUGUCGAUGGCACAAUGGUUGGGUUCAUUGUGCAAAUGCUAAAGAAAGUGUACGUACGCGAAGACAGUUUUUUUCUCGUACGGAAGCACUUGCAGAAGCGAUCAAAAGUACGGAACAAAUUGUUGAAGAGCUUAAAGAAAUUUUUGAAAGAUUCGCUGUUUAUGUUCCUGCUGUGUGCGCACCUACCCCACGUUUUCAUGUUUCUCAUCCCCCUCCACACAAGUUUUACGCUCAGCGUCGUAUGCAAAUGGAAUUGCAACGUCAACUAUCACCAAAAUUGGCAUUGUUCCAUCCAAUAGCUAGUGCAAUGAUGACACAAUUCCCUGAUCCUAGAUUAAUACAGUAUGACUGUGGAAAAUUGCAGUCUUUAGAUCAGCUUCUUAGGAAGCUUAAAUCUGAGAAUCAUAGAGUGUUAAUUUUUACGCAAAUGACAAGAAUGUUGGACGUAUUAGAAGCUUUUCUUAAUUUCCAUGGUCAUAUAUAUUUGCGCUUGGAUGGUACUACUAGGGUAGAUCAACGACAGGUUUUAAUGGAAAGAUUUAACGGAGAUAAGCGAAUAUUUUGUUUCAUUUUAUCGACAAGGUCAGGAGGUGUAGGUGUGAAUCUUACAGGAGCAGAUACCGUUAUAUUUUAUGACAGUGAUUGGAAUCCUACAAUGGAUGCCCAAGCACAAGACAGAUGUCACAGAAUAGGACAAACACGGGAUGUACAUAUUUACAGAUUAGUAAGUGAAAAGACUGUAGAAGAAAACAUUCUGAAAAAGGCCAAUCAAAAGAGACUUCUUGGAGAUUUAGCUAUUGAGGGUGGAAACUUCACAACUGCUUACUUCAAGAGCUCUACAAUACAAGAUCUCUUUAAUAUCGAUCAAACGGAAAAUGAUGCAACGGCGCGAAUGGCCGAAGUGUUGGAACAAAAUAAAGAUCGAGAAAAAUUCUUGCAAAAGGACAAUCAAGGUCAGCCAGUGGACGAUAAGGUAGCUAUGGGUGCACUCGAAAGCGCCCUUGCUGCUGCCGAAGAAGACCUUGAUGUUCAGGCUGCAAAAACAGCGAAAGCUGAAGCUGUUGCGGAUUUAGCAGAAUUUGACGAGAACAUACCUUUAGAGGAUGCUGAUAAAGAUGACAUGCAAGUCAGCAAAGCUGAACUUGAAGUACAAAAUUUAGUAUCUCAGCUGACACCCAUAGAACGUUACGCGAUGAAAUUCGUUGAGGAAUCAGAGGGGGCAUUUUCUGCGGCACAACUUGCUGCAGCAGAACGUGAACUAGAACAACAAAAGAAAGAGUGGGAAUUAGAUCGGUUACGAGCGUUACGUGAGGAGGAAGAAAGACGAAUGCGGUUGGCUGACGACGAUGAGAAGCCCUUAACAUUUGGACGCGAGGAUGCGCAAAAUCAGGUUAAUAGUGCUAGUAAUUCUAAGAAAUUAGUCAAUAAGAGACCGAAUAGGAGGAGAAAUUCGCGUAAAAAUAAUAAGAGUACUCAAGAAUCGGAAAGCGAGACCGAGACUACUACGGAAUCGGAAUCAGAGUCGCAGGAAGACGUGGUAGAGGAUAGCCUUGACGAAGAAUCGAGUCACACGGAGAGUCAGAGUCAAGGCGACGAGGACGAGGAGGAGGAGGAGGAGGCAAAUGAUCAGAAUGAUUCCGAGAAAGGCGGGUAUCCAAAACGUAAAAAUCGCUCUAACAAAUCGUUUAGCCAAAAUCAUUUUGAUUUGAAUAGUCCGCGAACAAGAUCCAGAGGGAACGUUAAAAUUAACCUAUGGACUUUGGAUGUCAGUCCUAUUUUGCCAGGUAUAAAACCGAAGGCUCGAGGUAGGGCUAGUAAUCUGCGAAAACAGCGCGAACUUGAAACGAGAAUGAAAGCCGAAGAAAGUUUUGUUUUACCUUUACCACCUGUUUCGAGUCCUAAAAAGUUCAACAAUUCAAAUGUUUCAAAUAAGUUCGACGAAGAACACGAUACCGAUUUAAAUUAUAUCAAUACCGAAAGAAACAAAACUUCGCCUGUUAAAGAAACAAGUGAAAGUGUUGCUAAUUGUAAAACUGUUACGAAUCAUUGUACCAUUUCAACAGCUUCGUCAACGCUGAAAUUGAAUAAAGUCACGGAAGAAUCUAAUUCUGUUACGCAUUUAGAUUCUUUAGAAGCAGAAACGUGUUUCCAUUCGUAUAAUUCAUCCGACAUGUCGGAAUCUGAUUUGAGAGAUGACAGUGAAGUGACGCAAGAUUUAACAGACACCAGUGAGUCUUCGGUACACAUUGCACGAUCCACGCACAGGUCUACGGCACAGAGCAGUAAUUCGGAAAGCAACGCAAAUUUUAACGAGGAUUCUGAAAAUUCGGAAGCUAAUGGUGAUUCCAAUUCCUCUACGGUAGAGUCAGGCACUUUAAAAACUAUUUCUGAUUCAAAGUCUUUAAGUAAUUCAAUCACUUUAGAUAUAAACGAGGAGAUCAAUAUAUCAGAAAAUUCAUUGACUGCCCCCGUAAAAAAUAAAAUGAUUAUUCAAGAUACAAAGGAAGCUAGUAAAGAAUCUGUAACAGAAAACUUAAGUAAGAGUUCAGGCGAUGAAACAAACGACCAAUUAACCCAGGAACCUGUUUCCACUCUACAAUCGAAGACGUUAGAAAGUAAAAAUGUAAAGUUCCAGAAUGAAAGUAGUGCAAAAGAUACGAACAGAUCGCAUAGUCCUGUCGAGACGAAGGAGAACAUAGACAUAGAAACGAAUAAGGAACAAUUGGACAAAAGCGAUUCGAAUUUAGAUGUAAAAGACGAGUCCGUUAAUGAUAAUAUAUUUAAUUCUGUGAUAGAAACAAACUCUAGUCAAGAGUUUAGUAACAAAGAGGAAAAGCGUACUAAAGUAGAAGAAUCUACGAACAAUGAAGAUGAAGAAGAAACUCAGUCCUCGUCCGAUAACAAUGACAAUAAUUCUGCUUCGGAUACGUUCAAAUCAGACACUUUAUCCGAGUCUGAGUCAAGCACCGAGAGCAAACUCAAGUUUCGUAAACCAGACACGAUAUCCUACGCGAUAACAACGAGAAGCGCAAAAUUAAAUCAGAACGUGGAAAGUUCGGAGAACAAAAAUUCGGAGACGCAACCGAUUCUGCCAAGUAUUUCCAACGAGCCGAAACAAAACGAAGCUUCAAGUGCAAAUUUAAACGUUCAUCGGAAGGAAGCGAAUAAGGUGUUGCAAAUUCGCAGGCCUGACACACCACGGCCCAUGAUAGAACAAAGUAGAGUGACAAGGUCGAGCGCGGGUCGUUCUUUAACGCCUCCACCGAGGAACAGUCAGAGUCCCUCGAAAUCGAUUCAAAGAAGACGACCGGACACGCCGUUACCCGAAUGUUUCAAAUCUUCUCCGCGACCAGCGACGAGAUCUAUGACGAAUGCGAAUUCGCCGGUGAGAAACGAAGAACAGAACACGUCUUAUGAAAAACCAACAACCCGUAGUUCAAAAACUUUGGACAAUGGUUUCUUGAAUCCAGCUCUAUUCCGAAGAAGUAGGUCGAUACCACCUAUGAAAUCAGCAUCGGAAUCGAAAGAUUCCAGUCCUGUUUUAACCAGAUCAAAAAAGACCAGUGAUUCCACGUGUGUAAAUACGAGUACUGUAAAACGACGACCAGAUACACCGGUUCCUACUUUUGAACAGAUGUCAAGGGUCACUCGGUCUGGCUUAAAUUUCACACCAAAUUCGGGAAAAUCAGGUUUUAAUCAUUCGUCGGCAGUUAGAGGCAAUAAACAUACGAGGAAGUCAGAAGCUUCAGACUCAAAGGCGGAAGAAGAUUCUGUUACUUCACCAUCGGCCGACAAAAUAGAGGCAUCGAACACGGAUUCAAACGGAAACGAUGUGGCGUCCGAGAGUUUCGCGAAACAGGAGGAGUCGCCGUUGCCUCCUUUCACCGAAAUCAACGAAAAACCACAAAGAACGGCCAAGGUAGUCGCGAUUCUUACUCUGGACACGAGGAGCAGUCACGUCACCAAAGCGUCGAGUUCUGUUCAUUCGAAAACGUCGAAUUGCAAUUUCACAGACACGAAGAGUGUUAAAAAAAACGCCGAUUCUAAUUCGACGUCCGAUUCGCCGGGAAAGAAUUGCGUCUUCAGGAUCUCGGACGUGGGCUCCAACUGCAAAUUGGACGGCUGGCACGGUUCUGGAUUAGACGGUACACGAGAUCGCAUCUCCUCCAGCGUACUUUCCAACGUAGCAAGUACUUACGGUAAUAAUAAAACGGGGAAAGCGUCAACCGUGAACAAAGUUACGUCGCCUUUGAACUCUAAACUUAAAACGGAGAAGAUUCCGAUGCCUGUACAGUCGGCGGCAGUGAUAGCUGUGGUAGAUCUGGAUAAUGAUUCCAAUUACGACUCAUCCGAUGGGUCGAAAAGAUUGCGAAGAAAGAUCAAACGAUCCCGAGUAACGUCGUACGCCAAGUCGUUUAUAACUGGCAAGAAUGAGUCGCAAAUGGACGACGCGUUAGACGAUAAAGAGGAACAGAUACCUCCUAUAAAGAAGUCUGUUCGUUCGCAACUCACUCCUCCUCCUUCUUCGCAAACCACUCAGUUGGAGAAGAUCAGUAGUAGUACUAUAUCUUGAGUCUCGCUAAAACUUUAUCGCUGUAACAUUUAGCAGCGUACUUGUAUAAAUGUUUCAGACACGCAUAAACAUUUUGGACUGUUGCUUGGAGUGGCGUGCGCAUAAUCCAAGUUCUGAUUAUUAUUAUCAUGUGUUUUUUUCAUCUUUUUUUUUUUCUUAAUUUUUCACACGAUUCUUGUACAUAAUUCACGAAACGUAAGGAAGUAAGCGAGACAUUUCUUUAGUUGUACUGGGUACACACGUGUAAUAUUUUUUAGCAUUGUAAAUUGUGCUCUCCUGUAAAGGUUUCUCGAGAAUGUCUUUGAGCGACAUUGUAAUUUAUACUUGGUGAUAUAAAGGAAAAAUGUGAACGAAAGAUUUAAGAGAUCCGACUGUGUAUCAUAAUAGGAAUAGAAACGAGAAAAUGAUUCGUUAUAGAUUAGUUGAUUUAGCACGACUGCAAAUAAUUGGUUUGCGGCGUGAUCGUAUAAACGAGAUACAAUAGACAGUCGAUUCAGAAGUAUAAAAUUGAUGAAAUGAAAAACGUAAUAUUCUUCUGUGAACGCGCCGUACUUUGCUCUCAUGUAACGCCUUGUAUUAUAUAACUUGCAAGGUAACGACCUGAUUACAUGCUAGAUUUUAAGAAGUUUAUUCGUUUAAUGGUAUGUCCCACUGUAAUAUUUAAGUUGCGUGCCUGUAUUUUGUAUGAUCGAGUGAAUCCGAGAAAGGAAAUAAACAAAAUAUUCCUUGCUACGAA